CAGGCCCAAACUCAGUUGAAGAACAAAUGAAACUGUUGAAGUACAACAUAAACUCAAAGAAGAGCAAGAAUGUGGAAAUAUUACACAUAUCUGCGGAGAUUUGUCGCAACAUGAAUGGUAUCCGUUUUACAAGCUGUAAGAGUGCCAAGGACAGAACCGCCAUGUCUGUAACGCUGGAACAGGUUCAGAUUCUCCAGCGGGAGCACAAUCUGGCGCCACACGUGUUCUCGCAUGCCUUAGAGUGCUUCAGGAGUGAGGGGGUGAGGAGGCACAAUACAUUUAAGAACACUGGAAUCAGCAAAUAUGCCUUCAACAGUAUCCAGCUCAUGGCGCUGCCUAAACUGUACAGGCCUCCCAAUGGGACCUUUGGUAAUGUCGCCUCAUGAUACCCACCUGAUCUGGCAGUCGCUGAGAUGGUGACCUAUUUUAUCAAUGCUUCAAUGGUGUUCCUCCGCUACUCAUUCCAAAAGCAUGCCUUAGUGGAGAUUGAUAAGUUUCUGUUAAAUGCAGGGGAAAGGUGGAAUGCUGCUUUGGUGUCAUCAUUUCUUGCUUCUGUUUGCACAGUUGUAGCAAGAAGACCUGGGGUCUAGCACUUGGUGCUUUUAAACUAUAUACAUUUCAGUGAUGACAGUGGAAUGUAAAGAUUCUUAUACUUUUCACAACUUCCUGCCACAGCUUAGGAUUAUGGGAUACCUUCUGCUGCACCACUUGCUUCAUCACCUGCAGGGACAAGCAGUGUAAAUUGGAAUUUAUGUUUUUACCAUUUUCGUGAAGAUUUUGAGGAACGGCUAGGUAUCAUGUAAUAUGUGUCCAGUCACUGGACGUCAGAAUACAGGAUAUGCAAAGCAGAUACCAUGUUUCUGCGAGUAUUGCCGAGUCAUUCUUUUAUUGUGCAGUCUGUCAUGUACUUCUAAUCUGGGAUAUCAAUUGCUUUUCUUGCUUACUGAGAUCAGAGUGCCUGUUUUUUGUUUUUUUUUUUCAUUAGUAUAGAUUUGUAUUUUAAUUGCAUAUGACUCUGUGUUAACUUAACUUAGAGUUUUAUUUUCUGUAUUCUAUUACUUUUACUAAAAAAUCACUUCUCUUAAGUUGAUUAUGUAGUUAGCAUAAUUGCUAAAUUUCUUUAUCUGCAUAAAUGAUGGGAAGUGUGUGAUUUAUAAGCUCCAUCAUUAUUUUAAGGUGGUGUAUUUUGAUAUAACUUACUACUAAUUUACACUUUGAUAAGGCGUGCUUUUUCAUAAUGAAAUUUCAAGGUAAUUAUUCUUCCGAGUUACAUGAAAAUAAGUAACGCAUUUUAGUUCAAUAUUAUAUUGUUGUUUGAAGAAACAUUAUUAUGAAUAUUUUUCAUGAACUGGGUAUGUGUGCAUAAGAAUUAAUAAAAUGUGAUAUUUUAAAGAAAUUUUUUUGCUCAGAUUAGUGAGAGAGAACGUAUAAGAUUAUUUUAUAAUAUGGCUCAGGUAUUGAUAACUACUGAAAGAAUUUACAUCAUUUCCCAUAACAACCUUUGCUAAGGGCAUCAUCAUCUAGGAAAUUUUUUCAGGAACUAACCUCUGGUUAUUUUAGUUCAUUUCAAACCCUUUUCACAUGUGGACUUUUUUCAUCCCCUUUUUAUUAUGCUUGCAAUGUAAUAAAUGUGAAUAUUUUGAUUAUUAUUAUUAUGUUGCUUUUAUUUCCUUCACAGAAGUGGGGCAUUAAUAUUGUUCUUUUCUAUAUCAUCCAAUUCCUUGGUCUACCAAUUAGCAUUAAUAUUGUUCUUUUCUAUAUCAUCCAAUGCCUUUGUCUACCAAUUAGCAUUAAUAUUGUUCUUUUCUAUAUCAUCCAAUGCCUUUGUCUACCAAUUAGCAUUAAUAUUGUUCUUUUCUAUAUCAUCCAAUGCCUUUGUCUACCAAUUAGCAUUAAUAUUGUUCUUUUCUAUAUCAUCCAAUGCCUUUGUCUACCAAUUAGCAUUAAUCAGGUUGAACAAAUUACUAUCUAAUUGAUCAUUUUGUAACUGAUUUGUACAAUAUGACUUGAAAAUGUCACCAGAUAUAAAACAUUGAAAAUGGAUUACUUAACAAAAAUAGUGUACAAGAAAGAAGCUAACAAUUGAUGUAUUAUACAAAAUUUUGACCGGGUGAGCCUUGCAGAGUGAACAUAAGACUAAAAUGGAAAUUUUAUAAAAGAAUCGGGAAGAUUUUGGAAUAAUUCCUUUUCAAAAAGACUUGCUGUAGCCUUACUUCGUAUAUCAUUCACCAUUCUUUUGGAAAAAAAAAAUGAAUAAGUCACGAAUAUUUUAUUUACAAAAGUGCAACUGUAUAAGACAAGGUUUGCUGUGGGCAGUAUUGGUCAAAAAUUGUUCAACAUG